AAUCAAUACAAAUAAUUCAUAAACAAAUAGAAAGAUACGACUUCUGAAAUCAUUUCUGACUGUUUUUAUAAAGAAGCACAUGGAGAUCUUAGAUGUCACAACUAGUGAGGUGGGUCUUUCUUGUCCCAUGUUCUAACAUUAUUCUCUCCUUCUCUCUCCCUCUCAAAAACUAUUCAAAUUUCAUGUUUUGAGUUCUCAAACUUCUGAAAACAAAGAACAAUGGUGUUGUUACCUUCUCCUCGUCUCUUCUUGUUCUUGUUCCUCUCGUUCUCAGCUUGUUUCUUGCAUACAAAAGCUCAAGAAGGCCGAGAUGUUAUAAGCGGUGACAAUAUCAAAGUUGACCCGAGUCUCAACUUCGAGAACCCGAGUCUUCGUCAAGCCUACAUUGCUCUUCAGUCAUGGAAACAAGCUAUUUUCUCUGACCCUUUUAACUUCACAGCUAACUGGAACGGCUCAGAUGUUUGUUCCUACAAUGGUGUCUUCUGCGCUCCUUCACCUUCUAGUCCCAAGACCCGAGUCGUUGCGGGCAUUGAUCUUAACCAUGCCGAUAUGGCUGGUUAUCUACCUCCUGAGCUCGGUCUUCUCACUGAUCUCGCUCUCUUCCAUCUCAACUCGAACCGGUUCUGUGGAACAGUCCCCACCACCUUUAGACGCAUGACGCUUCUCUACGAGCUUGAUUUGAGUAACAACCGUUUUGUAGGAAAGUUCCCUAUCGUUGUCUUGUCUUUGCCUUCCCUUAAGUUCUUGGAUCUCCGUUUCAACGAGUUUGAAGGUGUUAUCCCGUCCAAGCUUUUUGAUAAAGAGCUUGACGCUAUAUUCUUGAACCACAACCGGUUCCGGUUUGGGAUACCUGAAAACAUGGGAAACUCUCCGGUUUCCGCUCUGGUUCUUGCUGAUAACGAUCUUGGAGGUUGCAUACCAGGAAGUAUCGGUCAAAUGGGGAAGACCCUUAACGAGAUCAUCCUCUCUAACGAUAACUUAACCGGUUGCUUACCACCUCAGAUCGGAAAUCUCAAGAAUGUGACGGUUUUCGACGUAAGUUUCAACCGGUUAAGCGGUCCGUUACCGUCCAGCGUUGGAAACAUGAAGAGCUUGGAGCAGCUCAAUGUUGCUAACAAUAGGUUCACUGGAGUUAUCCCAAGCAGCAUUUGUCAGCUCUCAAACCUUGAGAACUUCACUUACUCUUCCAACUUCUUCACCGGUGAUGCCCCAAGAUGCGCGGCUCUUUCCGGAGGCAAUGUGGAGGUUAAUGGAUCGAUGAAUUGUAUCGCCGGUAAAGAACGUCAAAGAUCGUCUGAAGAGUGUUCUUCUGAAGCCUCACGCCCUGUUGACUGUAGCACAUUUGGAUGCAACAAUAUUUUCUCUCCUCCACCGUCUUUUAGGAUGUCACCCACUGUCCGAGUACUUCCUCCACCGCCAUCUUCCAGGAUGUCGCCUACUUUUAGAGCAACGCCGCCACCGCCUCCGUCUUCUAAGAUGUCGCCUACUUUUAGAGCGACACCGCCACCGCCACCUUCUUUUAAGAUGUCACCUUCUGUCAAGUCAUAUCCUCCUCCCCCGCCUAAAUAUGAGCCAUCUUCGCCUCCUCCUCCUUCUUCCGAAAUGUCACCUACUGUUAGAGCAUACCCUCCACCACCACCACCGUCACCAUCUCCUCCUCCACCAUAUAUCUACUCAUCUCCACCACCUCCUCCGCCAUCUCCAACCUACGUCUACUCAUCUCCACCACCUCCUCCACCAUCACCUCCGCCACCAUCUCCCCCGCCACCGUAUAUCUACUCAUCUCCACCACCUCCUCCACCAUCGCCUCCACCACCAUCUCCUCCGCCACCAUAUAUCUACUCGUCUCCACCACCUCCCCCACCAUCUCCAACCUACGUCUACUCAUCUCCACCACCACCACCACCUGUAGAAUACUAUCCACCCACAACACAAAAUCCACCACCACCACAAUAUCAGCAAACACCUUCGUCUCCUCCACCGCCUACUUACUACGCCGUUCAAUCUCCACCGCCACCACCACAUGUUGACUGCCCACCAGUAACAAGCCCUCCCCCUCCACCACCGGUCUACUAUGCACCGGUUACACAAAGCCCUCCUCCACCACCACCAAUGUACUAUCCCCCCGUAACACAAAGUCCUCCUCCUCCACCACCGGUAUACUAUCCACCGGUAACACAAAGUCCACCACCACCACCGGUAUAUUAUCCUCCGGUAACACAAAGUCCUCCUCCUCCACCACCGGUGUAUUAUCCUCCGGUAACACAAAGUCCUCCUCCUCCACCACCGGUGUAUUAUCCUCCGGUAACACAAAGUCCUCCUCCUCCACCACUGGUGUAUUAUCCUCCGGUAACACAAAGUCCUCCACCACCACCACCGGUUGAGUACCAUCCUCCGGCAACUCCAAACCACUCUCCACCACCACCACCUAAGGGGUGCAAAGAGGGUCCAAGUAACGACCAUCACUACCAAACACCAACACCACCUUCUCCACCGCCUCCGUCCUACGAGGACACGCCUCUACCACCAAUCCACGGUGUCUCAUAUGCAUCUCCUCCUCCACCAUCAAUCCCAUACUACUAAGUUUAAACAAUGCAUCAACUAGUGGUCAACGCGGACACUAGUCACACAGUGAUCAAAUUCUUUUGGCUUCAUACCUAUUUGUGUGUGUUUUGGUUGAUAAGAGACAUUUGAGUUAUUCUUUUUCCCUAUGAAUAUUUUGUUCUUUUUAUUUCUUGAUUAAACAGAGAAUGGAGUAUAUAUUUUCAGUUAUUUUACAAUUGGUUACUCAUCAUAUAUGUAUUUUCUUCCAUAAAUGUUAACUAUAAUUAAAU